GCUAUGAUUAUGGGAGCUUAAAAGUAGAGUGAGCCAGUUACACACUUUCAAUGUCGAUGCUGUCAUAUGGCAACAAUUUCAAUUAAUUGUCACUUUGCAUUGGUCCUGAUAUGGCAUGGUAUUUGGAUUUCGGAGUGCAACAAUAUCGGUCCCUCAUUGGAUGAUGACCCAUCUCCUUACUCCUACGGCCAUAACCAUGGACCCUCACACUCCCACCGUCAUGUCCGAGACUGCCAGCCCGUUGUCCAUGGCAACGUCGCCCACCAGACCUGGCCCGCCAGCAACCACACUGGGGUGCCCGCGGCUGAGUCCAAAGUCUUCAUCUCUGACGUCCCUGGCACAACCCGAUGGGUCACAGGUGACAUUGCAGUGGUCCACGACCCACUGAGGACAGUGUCUGUGCUGGAGCCGAGGGGGUGCGGGGUGAACCAGCGGGAGGCGGUGGAGGAAACGGCUAACGUCGCCAGGUGUCUCUAUGCCCAGAAUGGAGGGUUCUUUGGUACUAGCACUGGGGAGUGUUUGGGGAAUGUAGUCAGUGACGGGGUGCAAGUGAGGGACAGCCGAGGGGAGCAGAAUGCCCAGUUUGGCAUCAGGAGGGACGGUACACUGUUUUUUGGGAAAGAGCUGCCGGUCUUGUAAAAUUUCCUUCUCAAUCUCUCUCUACUCAAUUUGAGCUCCAUUUGUGGUUUUAAUAUCUAACAUAAUUUUUUCUAGACAAAUGCUGUCAAGGCUUGUAGUUGAGUUUGUGGAACACUGAUCCUGUUAUCAUAAAAUAUGAAGUUCUUAUGUUUAUAACCCUAUCGCGUAAUAUGACGUCUACUUUGGAACAUAACCAAUUAGAUUAGAACGGGACUCCCUGUUCCCUGGAGAAGUGUUGUGUUGACCUGUCAGUCAUUCUGUGUAGAGUAAUGGCUCUAACUUGGAAUGUUCCUGUUACCCAGAUAAGGGUGUUUACGUUCAUGCACGUUUGAUGGGAAAAAUAAGAGCAGUGAAAAAGCAGUGGUCCUUGAACCAAUAAAACCAGCCACCUGGAACAGACGGCUGCUUGGUUGUUGUGGCGUGGCUGAAGUAAUAUUGUAUGGGCAGACUCACCAAAGCAUUCAAUGUGUCCAAUGUGCCCCCCCCCCCCCCCCGCCUGAGGGCUGUCAACACUAAGAUAUUUAACUGUCACAAACUGAAGUAUAAACAUUUCUUGUGGAAGCCAACAAAGCUAGCCAGGUGAAAAAAUAAAUAUUUUACCUUUAUUUAACUAGGCAAGUCAGUUAAGAACAAAUUCUUACUUUCAAUGACAGCCCACUGUUCCUAGGCUAACUGCCUGUUCAGGGGCAGAACAACAGAUUUGGUCCUUGUCAGUAACCUUUUGGUUACUAGUCCAACGCUCUAACCACUAGGCUACCCUGAUGUGUACAGAGAUUUAGGAUGCACUUGAGCUUUUGGCUGCCUUUUAGAAAUAUUUUAUCUCACUAGAUUGCUGAAUGUACCCUUUUUAACAUGAGUAUCGAAGUAUGUGCUCUCAUGACCACAUUGUUCCACAGUUGGUUAUUCCUUUCUUGAGAUGGCACUGGAUGAUGUUAUUUACUUUUUCCUCAUUUUUGUCCCUGAUUUUCCCUCUUUACAUCCCUGUUUCUCUACUUUUUUCCCUCAAGUUAUCUCUCUGAUGAGGCCAACCCCAUUGUGCAGUUGGUCAGUGGGGUGGUGUGGCUGCUCCGAGACAGCCAGGUCUACAUUAACCAGAGCAUAGAUGCUGAGUGAGCAAGGAGACAGGUCGCUACUGAAGGAUACUGAGGAUGUCUUCAACUUAGCCAUACUUACUUAAAAUGCUAGAGGUAUGUAGUUAGUUAGUAUUGACAUCUUUUAAUAUUACUUUAGGUAAAGUCUCCCAUUAAGUGGAGGUCUAGCAUCGGCUUCCUCAACCAUUAGAUUAGGAAGUAAAAAGCAGGACUGGCCUUACGUUAGCACUUAGCGGUAACUUUGUCCUAGACUUGAUGUAGAAAUCUGUUUUUGGCUUCACAUCACUCAUAUAACAUGGCCAUUUAAAACAGAGUUGUCAUAAUACACAAUAAAAAAUACAUUUAGAAAUAUGAAGAGAAAUUUCCUGUGGCACAAUUCACUAACGCGUAUGGUGAAACACUGUUUGCCCAUUCUGGCUAAGUUAAAACAACAAUGAUGUAUUCUAUCAAAUUCAGCCAGUAUGCUUCAAUUACAUUUUCAUGCAUUUGAUUCCGCAGGGACUUUCCGCCAUUUUGUGGACAUGAUGUCGGCCAGGACAGCGGUUGGUCACGAUGAGGAGGGGAAACGGAUCCUGUCUUUUAUUUAACUAGGCAAGUCAGUUAAGAACAAAUUCUUAUUUUCAAUGACGGCCUACGAACAGUGGGUUAACUGCCUGUUCAGGGGCAGAACGACAGA